AUGACGAGAUCGUUCGCGAGUUCAUUGCUGUCGAUGCUACCAUUACGCGUCUCGGCUAGUGUUGUGCAGUCUAAAGGAGAAAUUCUCUUCGCGGUCGACGAGGACGUCUGCGCUCAAGCUGCCGUCGGAACUGCUCAAACUCCUCGGCUUACUGUGAUCUCCAAAGACUGUUUCUUCGCGUGUUGCGACAAAAGGUCGCUCGCGAAAUCUAUACCGCCGGCUCGAUUUCUCGCGUUAAUUGAUAAGAAAAGGAAAGUUAAUUUCAAAUCAACCUCGUCGCUGAGUGUCAACAAGCUUAAUAAAGCGGAAUUAUUUUGGCUGUCGUACGUACAAAAGAAGGCUUUUGAAUCCGAAAUCAAAGCACUAAAGAAAAGCAACGCAGUUUCGAAGAAAAGUUCACUUAGAACUUUAACUCCAUUUGUUGGCGAAGAUGCAGUACUUCGCUUUGGCGGGCGGUUGAAAAAUGCUGCUCUCACAUACGAAGAGCAACAUCCUAUUUUAGUACCGCGAGGACAAGUCUCGUACCUUUUAAUCGCUCAGGCUCACAAACACACUCUCCACGGUGGAGUUCAAUUAGUGUUGCCUAGAGUAUCGAGUCAGCUGAUGGGGGAUUUGCCUUCUCCUCGCAUGCAACCGUCGUCACCGUUUACGCAUACGGGUGUGGACUACGUUGGUCCUUUUUUUAUUACGCCUUUCGUUGGAAGAGGACAAAAGACACGAAAAGGUUAUUACGUGGUUCUAUUCGUUUGUCUCGUUAUCAAGGCGAUCCACGUGGAGCUAGUGGAGGAUUGCUUCAGUGCUGGAUUUCUUGCGUCCUUUCGGCGAUUCACGAGCCGACGAGGCUUACCGUGUAAGUUAUACUCUAACGGAACUAACUUUCACGGCGCUAAAAAGGAAUUAAACAGCGAAUUUGAGGCGCUCAUGAAAGAUUCGUCUCUACACGACGUUCUUGCUAACGAUAAAAUUGAGUGGCAUUUUAUCCCGUCCGCAGCUCCUCAUUUCGAAGGACUUUGGGAGGCGGGCGUGAAAAACCUCAAAUCGCAUCUAAAGCGGAUAGCCGGUUCGCGUACCCUGUCGCAGGCUGAAUUCGCUACGCUCCUAUGCCAGAUAGAGGCAUGUUUGAACUCCCGACCGAUUGCGGCUCUUAGCGACGACCCGAGCGAUCUGUCCGCGUUCACUCCGAGUCAUUUUUUAAUAGGCCGACCGAUCGUUGCGGCUCUUAGCGACGACCCGAGCGAUCUGUCCGCGUUCACUCCGGGUCAUUUUUUAAUAGGCCGACCGAUCGUUGCGAUACCGGAGGAAUCAAUACUCGCGAUAAAUACGAAUCGACUUUCGAGAUGGCAGUUCGUUCAUUCGAUGGUGGAACAACUCUGGCGUGCUUGGUCGCAAGACUACUUACAUUCGCUGCAACAGCGAUAUAAGUGGUCAGAAAGAUCGCCUUGUUUUCGCGUUGGCGAGCUCACGUUGUUAAAAAAUCCUUUGCUCCCUCCGAGCAAAUGGGAACUCGCGCGAGUCACUCGGGUCCAUCCCGGAUCCGACGGACUCGUUCGAGUAGUUACCGUGAGAAUCGCGUUGUUCAAUAUUGAAACGACCAAUCACGCUACUGUGUAG